UUUGGAAAGCGUUUAGUCGACAACGGACGCGAUUGCCAUAUAGAAGAGCUAGACCAAAUAUUGUUAUAGAAACCAACAACAAAAAAAAAAUCAAGUGCUGAAAGUGUGUUCGAAUUCCCAAAAGAAAACAAAAAACAAUACAAAGAUGAUUGACCUAUUGAGGAAGUGCUUUAUUGUCUUAAUCUGCAUUACUUGCGCUUUGGCGGUCGAUUUGCAGUACUCGGAAAUAGUAACGGUUAACAAUGAAACGCGUUAUAUUGUGCUAAAUCCAGAUGCCCCUUUGACUUUGUUCAAUAAAAAUCAUUACGUCGGCGGACAAUAUGUUUUCACAUCCGGUAAGAGAAUUACAGGCGAUCGCUUGAUACUCAACUUCCAGGACUCAACGCAAUUCACUAAAGGUGAAGAUGUUGAAGCUCUACUACGUUAUCCAGCCAAGGGUACCGAUACAAAUAUCAUAACUCAGGUAGAGAUCUAUGCAGCAGUUUCCUCGGAAGAUGCCGACUCUUUCUUCGUCGAUGGCGGUAUAAACAAAUCCUUUUGUGAGAUACUUAUCGCCGGCAAUAAGACAAGUUAUGUCGAGUUUGAGAUGUUCAUUUAUGGUUAUUAGCUGUACGUAAUGUGUGCCGUUACAUUGAAAAUGAAUACAUGAAAUAAUUUUUGUUGAGCAAAAA